AUGGGGAUGAGAACUCAAAAGUAUGUUCCAGACUACUUCAAGAAGGAAGUUCUGUUCGACACCUGGAACCAUGAGGUAUGGCGCAGCUAUAGCUGCUUGACCCUCAGCUCGAUGGUAGGCAUUGUUCGUACUACAUCACGGUGCAGGCUGAGGAGCUCCAGGUUACGUGCUGCUGGCCUACUUCUGCUGUGUCGGCUGGUGGAGGUGGAAGUGUUGGAGGGGGCCUUGGAGUCUGCCACACGAUUCAGCUACGACAGGACCCUCCUCGCGGCCCUUGUCGAUAGGUGGCGUCCCAAGACACACACGUUCCACCUCCCGUGCGGUGAGAUGACACCCACGCUCGAGGAGGACGUGUCGCUGCUGAUGGGUCUGCCUUGUAAAGGUGCCGCUGCAGACAAUAUCCACCCACUGACAGGUGACGAGGACGUGUCCCGCCACCUGGAGAUGUACCUCCUAUGGUUGUUCAGGUGGGUAAUGUUCACUGAGACCAACGGCAACACGGUCUCGAGGACCAUAAUCCCCUACGCCAGAGAUGUUACAGACGCCGACCUAAGGGAGGUCCCACAGUACAGCUGGGGUUUUGUUGUGCUGGUUGCGAUGUACUGCAGCCUGUGCGACACAUGCACGAAGACCGACAACAACUCGGUCAUCAUUGGGUGUCCCCUGCUGCUUUAG